AUCCAUUUCAUAAAAUUCGUGGAAGAUUGUAGUAGAAUUUGUCGUCGCGGUUUUACCUGUAGUCAAAUAUUGAAUUUAAUCACCAUUUAGUCAUUUAACAGUAACAAUAGUUCUUUAUUCGUUGUAAAACGUGUGCUCUUAGUAAUGCGGUAUUUUUAUUGAUUUAUAUUAGUGAAUUUUGAACCGAGCAUAUUUUUUAUUAUUUCCCGGUUGAUUAGCGCGUAGUGCUAAGUGCGGAUAGUUGUUGUUAGUGCAGUGCGUUACGAGUGGCUGUUUUUUCUUGUAAAUUAUAUUAUAUAUUUAAUUAAACCAAAAUGAGUUGGCAAGAUUACGUUGACAGACAACUAUUAGCUUCAAGAUGUGUCACGAAAGCCGCAAUCGCCGGAUUGGACGGAAACGUUUGGGCUAAAUCAGAAGGUUUCAAUGUUACUGGAGAAGAACUGACGAGACUUGUUCAAGGUUUCGAAAAUGUAGAUACCCUCACCUCCGGAGGAGUUACUCUGGCCGGCAGCCGAUACAUAUAUUUAUCCGGAACAGAUAAAGUAAUUAGGGCGAAACUCGGUAAAGUCGGCGUUCACUGUGUUAAAACUCAACAAGCUGUUGUUAUUUCACUAUACGAAGACCCAAUUCAACCGCAACAAGCUGCAUCGGUUGUAGAAAAGUUAGGAGAUUACCUCGUUUCAUGCGGAUAUUAACCAGGCCUGUUCGAAGACCAACGUUUGUUGUUAAAUUUAAAUUAUAUACAAAAAAAACAAAAAUGAAAAAAACGCGCAUCAUCGGAGAUAAUGAAUAAAAGGAAUACCUAUCUUAUAUCUACCUAAUUUAUACAAAUACCGAAAAAAAAAGUGCAAAGCAAAGCAACAAAAAAUUAAGUACUUUUACAGCAACUACAACCAAAAAAAAAUUCUUUUACACCGACGUUGUUUUCCGAAGAACAUCUUACUCGUAUAGAUGGAAAGGUAGAAUUUCGCUGCAAAUACACCACGACCAUUAUUAUUUUAAUAGUAAUAACGUCGGGUUUUAUACCGUACACGUGUUGUUUUUUUUUCUCUCAAUAUUUUGUAUCGUUAUAAGCAUUACAAUGUAAUACGGUUCCGAAAACUAUCGGCGCGGUAUCAAAAAAUUAUUUUUUUAAAUUAUUUAUUUACCUAUUUAUUAGUAUUUUUCUUUUUUUUAUCGUAUUUUUUUUUCUUCGUAAAAAUCGUCGAAUCGUUGAAGUUGGUGUGUUUUUUUUUUCGUCAAAAACAAUGGAAAAGUGAAAAAAAUUCCGAAGGGGGUGAUAAAUAAAGGACAGUUUGGCCAAAAUGUUAUACGCGCAUACGAGUAAAAUAUAAUCAUUUUUAAUCAUAUUUUUUUUCUUUUCUGUUUGUUUAUUUGUUUUUUUUUCUUUCGUAUUUUUAUAUAGUGGGGUUUUAAAUCGAGUAAAGAGAAAAAAAAUUGUGCUUUUAUUUAGCUUUCAUUUAUACAUUUAUAAAAUACAUACCUAGGAGUUAUUAUUACAUAACGAAAAAGAAUGAGAAAAAAAAAGAAAUAAUAAAAGAGAAAUUUAUUAUCAAACGAUUUGUGUAACCCUGAUUUUUUAUGGAUUUUUUUUCUUUUUGUUUUUAUCAUAUAUUUUUGUAAGACAAGUGUAAUUUCGUAAGGUUUUUUUAUGUAAGCUUUUUAUUUUUGUGAUAAUAUUUAAAUCUCUAGUCCAGAGCUGUUUCACCUCCUGGAUUUUUUUUAUGUAUUUUAAAAUGAAAAUAUUUUAUCGUAGAUGCGAAAAAAUACAGGUUGAAAAAAUGAGAAAAAAAAGAUACAUUUUAUUACAUUUUACAAAAUCGUAUACAACAGGACUAUGGUAAAAAUAUGAAUAUGAAUACGUGAACACGUCGAGAGUAGAUGUAUCGAAAAAAAUCGCUAGAGUCGAGUUUGGGGUGAGGGAGGGGGUGGUUGGCUUCGCGUUAUGGAUCGUGGAUCAUGGAUGAAUUCCGAUUUGAUUUUUUUGAGUGUGUAAUUUGCUGCUUGUGAAGUUUUUCAAAAUAUUAUGUAAAACGCGUCUCUCCUUAAAUUUUUUUUUUUCUUCGAUUACUUUUUUUUUAUAUAAUUCAUUUAUAUCGUGUCCUUACCUUAAUAUAUUGGUAAUUAUUUUAAGUUACAUAUUAUUACUAUUACGUUUAUUAUUUCUUUUUUUUUACACAGACGAGAAAAAAAAAGGUGAAAAGAGAGAAUGUGAAAAAAAUCUGGAAUUUUAUCCGUUCGUAUUACCUUUUAUUAUAAUUGAUAGAGAAACGAAAACGUUGAAUUUUGUCAUCUGUAUCCGCGUUACUGUUUUUAUUGUUUUUUUUUUUUUACCUGAUAGAUUUUUUUUCAUUUUUUUCUCUUUGUCUGUCUGUUUAAUCUCUCUUUCUCUAUCUCUCUCUCUCUGUUUUGUGUUUGUGAGAAAAAAAAUCAUUCGAAGAGAUCGUUUUAUAAAGCGUUGUGCGAGGUGUUGCUCAUUUUAUUAAUUUAUAUAUCCGCAUUGAAAAUUUUCUAUUUUUUUUUUUUCGUUUUUUUUUUUUACUUCAGUUUGCGUUGGCCUAUUAUAUGUAUACUAAUGCAUUUAAAUUUUAGACAUAAUGUGUGUAAAUGAUCGUUAAAAACAAAUCAUUAAACGCCUGUAAUAAGUUUCCAUUUAUUUAAAUAAACGUUCGGAUAUUUGAUGUAUUUGUGUAUUAAAUGUAGUUCUGUAUGUUGAAUGAUAAAGUUUGUGUUUAAUGUUA